AUGACGAAGAUCCUCUUUAUCAAAUUUCACAGACAGGAGCACUUGACAUUACAAGAUGUCGAAGAAGCCGUACUGGAUUAUCCAGAUGCAGUCACAACUGUUGCAGCUGCAGUAGCAGUUGAAGCUGAUUCCGAAACAAGAAGAAGUUUGCCAGUUUCUACAAAAAGGAAGCCAAAUCCUAAAAAAAGAACAGCAGAGCUCGGUGUGCGGAAAUCCACUAUCACAUGCCCUACAACUGACGCUGCUUCGAGCAAUCGAAAAAACAGACAACGUAUCAGUGUGCAGCUUGAAAACGCGCGUGAACAAUUCACCAACAUAGCACAAAGUAACGCCUCUGCAUUGAAGGUAAAAAGAAAUCCUAUAAAUAACUUGUUUACUUAA